AUGUCUGAUGAAGAUACCACGCCAAAGGCCCAUGCUGCCGACACUGCGGACAGCUCUCCUAGUCAGGAAAAUUCUGUUCAUGUCUUUAAUGGCAAAGACCUGUCUAAAUCCCUGGAUAAUAUAAGCAAUAACAUGGGUAAAAUGGCUUGCAGGUUAGCAAAAUUGUAUGAUCCUGGCACAGACGAACGCUCCCCGAGCUUAAAACGAAAGUCCACAUCUGACCUUCCGGAUUUUUCAGACUCUUACUCCGAGGGAAACUCUCGCCAGUCAGGCAAACGAAAGCGUUAUGAAAGCCGAACAGAAGACAACUUAAACUCCACGCUAGUGGUGACGAGCUGGACGACGAAAACGGCAUUCAAAGGCUCACCGAGAGUUCAAAGGCCAUCGACCAAAAAGAGCGGGAAACUCCCGCUAAGGAAACAAAAUUCCUUCAAGAUUUUGCCAACAGUUACGACGAGGAUGACGCCACCGGUGACAAAAUCCAGAAAGAGUUGGCUGCUGUUGCUCAAAAACGAUGGGACAAGAAACUGUCCCCCGAAAAAAAUUAAAAGUUUGGUCGAAACUCCUCUGACAUAA